AGAGAAUGGCAAUGGUCUCUGCGAUGUCCUGGGUCCUGUAUUUGUGGAUAAGUGCUUGUGCAAUGCUGCUCUGCCAGGGAUCCCUGCAACACACUUUCCAGCAGCACCACCUGCACAGACCAGAAGGAGGGACAUGUGAAGUGAUCGCAGCACACAGAUGUUGUAAUAAGAAUCGCAUUGAGGAACGGUCACAAACAGUCAAGUGCUCCUGUCUACCUGGGAAAGUGGCUGGAACAACCAGAAACCGACCUUCCUGUGUCGAUGCCUCCAUAGUGAUUGGGAAAUGGUGGUGUGAAAUGGAGCCUUGCCUAGAGGGAGAAGAAUGUAAGACACUACCUGACAAUUCCGGAUGGAUGUGUGCUACAGGCAAUAAAAUUAAGACCACAAGAAUUCACCCAAGAACCUAA